AUGUCUGCCCCUACUUCCACUCCCCCUCCUGCCUCUGACUCCCCCAUUGCCCAGCCUCCUUCUCCUGCUCCUGCUCCUGCUGCUCCUGCUCCUGCUCCCGCUGCGCCCACCCUCGCUAAGCCCGCCUACGCUUCCGACUCUGACUCCGACGGUCAGGCUCGUGGCGGCCGCCGCGGCCAGAAGCAGCAGUUCGUUGUUCCUCUGCCCACCUCCACCGGCCUCUCUCAGCCCGCUGGCCAGCUCCUCAAGGGUGCUACCGACGAUGCCGGUGCCCAGAAGUCCGCUGCCCUCCUCGUCGGCAUCAAGCUCGACCUUGAGGCUGAGGUCCACCUGACUGCCCGCGUCAAGGGUGACAUCGUCGUCGGCCUCUACUAG